AAUUUGUCCUAGCAUAUGGGACGAGGAAUGUGCCUUUAUCUUUGUGUCUUUCAGAGUAUUUUAUUAAAUUUUGUUUUUGUAUUUGAAGAUUAUGGUUCAGUGUUUUAUGUAUGAUUGCUACUUUACUUUUGAGCCUUCUGUCCUGAAGGCUUUCUAAAUUUAGUGAUUUUACUAAUGGUGUUACUCUAUUCAAAUGUGAAUAUUCGUUUGUUAUGAAUCUCACUGCUCUAUUUUGUGUUUGUUCCAGUUUCUUAAUGUUUUCUUGAGUUGAGGGGUCUCAUACGGAGGAUGCAUAUUCUAUUAUUGGCCUAACCAAGGUUAAAUAACAUUUUAGUUUUAUGUUCUUAUUUGAUUUAUAGACAUUUCUUUUAAUAAACCCUAAUGCUUUGUUGGAUUUUUUAAAUAGUUUCAUCAAUAUGUGGAUUCCAUGACAGUUUUUCAUUUAUUAUAACACCUAGGUAUUUUGCGUUUUUAGUCUGUGUUACUGGUUUGCCAUGAAUAAGAUAAGUGGCAUUAAUUUGUUUUAGUUUUUUUGUUACUCUUAACAACUGACAUUUUUCUGGGUGGCAAGACAUGCUCCAAUUUGAUUCCCAUUUCUGUAAUUCAUCUAAUUCUCUUUGUAAAAUAUCUGUGAAUUGUGUUAUUUUUAUUGUUCUAUAUAUUAUGCAAUCGUCUGCAAAUAAUCUGACUUUUGUUCCUGAACUAAUGCAAUUUAUUUGGUAAAUCAUUUAUGUAAAUUAAAAAUAGUAGUGGACCCAAGACUGUUCCUUGCGGUACACCUGAGUUUACUGUUGAUCGGUGUUGAUUUAGAGUCAUUUAUUAUUACAGUUUGUUCUCUCCCUAUCAGAAAAUCUUUAAUCCACUGAUGCAGUGGACCAUUAAUGACGAAAUAUUUUAAUUUUUUAAGCAAACUAUGGUGGUGAACUUUGUCAAAAGCCUUAGAAAAAUCUAGUAAGAUGGCAUCUAUUUGUUCACUAUUAUCUAAACCUUUUGAAAAAUCAUCAAUUAGUCCUAUUAGUUGUGUUUCACAUGAUCUAUAUUUCCUAAAGCCAUGUUGGUAUGGUGUGAGGACAUUAUGUUUGUCUAAGUGGUUUAUGAUGUUGCUACAUAUUAUGUGUUCUAGGAUUUUACAUGUGAUGCUGGUAAGUGAUACUGGUCUGUAGUUUCCUGGGUCAGAUUUUUCUCCUUUUUUAAAUAGGGGGGUGACAUUAGCUUCUUUCCAGUCCUUUGGUACUCUGCCCUGGUUAAGCCAUGCCUGAAAGAGUAUUUUGAACACUGGGGCUAGCUCAUUGCUUAGUAAACUUAGUUCUUUGAGUAAUCUAGCUGGAAUACAUCAGGUCCAGAUGCUUUAUUUGGUUUGGUGUUGGAUAAUAGUUUUUGAAUUCCAUUUUCUUGUACUACUAAAUCUUCUAUGUUGUCUACUUGGUUCAAAUUAAGUAAUAUGUCUUUGUCUCCUGGGGCUGAGAAUGCUGAUAUGCAAAGUAUUUGUUUAGGAUGUUUGCUUUAGUUUCAUUAUCAUUAUGUAUUAUGUUAUGUUCAUCUUUUAAUGGCGCUAUGCCUGUUGUUUCCAUUUUCUUAGACUUAAUGUAUGACCAUAGGUUUUUGUUGUUAUCUUUAGAUAUUACAUUGUUUAUGUAUUCACUCUGCAGCUGUCUGCUUACUUUUUGGGUUAGGUGUUUAAUUUUUAUAUACUUUUUGUAAACUCUUUCUGCCAUAGUUUCUUUAAAUUUUCUAUAUAGGUUUUCCUUCUGUUUACAAAGCUUCUUUAGUCUAUUAUUAAAACAGCAUUUAUUUAUUUUGUUUGAUGUGUAUUUAGUUGGUAUAUGAUUUUCUAUAAUGCUUUUAAGAUAGUUUUUAAUGAAAUUCCAGAGGUCAUCGACUGGUUGGUUAAUGUCUUUUUCUAAUAAGAAUGUUUGUUGAAAGUUUAAUGCAGCUUGGUGUAGUUGUGUUAGGUUACAUUUAUUCCAGAGUAAGAUUUUUCUUUUGGGUUUUGUAUUGGCUACUGCUUUUAUCUGACUGUAUUUUUAUGAUCUCAUGGUCUGAUAGACCAGGGAUAAUAUCAUAAUUAACUAUAUAUGAUUAUUAGAUUAUUAUAGAUUAUCUUAAUCUAGACUAGGUCUAGUAAAUUUAAGUAUUAAGAGUGUUUAUAUUAUCUUUUUAUCUUAUCUUAUAGGCCUAAAAUACAGAUGUUACUUCAAAAAAGAAGAUUAGGCCUUUAAUAUAUAUAUGUCCUAAGCAUGUUCAUAGGUCAAUCAAGUCAUGUAUGUUAAUCAAUGACUGUUCUAAAGUGUAUCUAAGUCCUAAGUCCCCAAGUUAAGUGAUUUUAUUAAUGGCAGUAAUGGUGUAACUCAAAUCAAAUUGAAAUAUUCGUUUGUUAUAAAUCUCACUGCUCUAUUUUGUGUCUGUUCCAGUUUCUUAAUGUUUUCUUGAGUAGAGAGGUCCCAAACAGAGGAUGCAUAUUAUUGGCCUAACCAAGGUUAAAUAACAUUUUAAUUGUAUGUUCUUGUUUGAUUUGUAGAAGUUUCUUGUAAUAAACCCUAUAAAAUGCUUUUUGUUUUAUUUUAUGAUAGUUUUUCAUUUUUAUAAAACCUUUGUAUUUUGUGUGACUGGUUUACCAUAAUUAAGAUUUGUCUAAGUGGUAUUUAUUUAUUUUAGUUGUUUUUUUGGACAUUUUAUUCUGGGUGAAAAGACAUUCUCCAAUUUGAUUCCCAUUUUUGUAAUUCAUCUUAUUCUCUUUGCAAAAUUUCUUUAUCUUUUUUGUUUUUAUUGUUCAUUAUAUUAUGCAAUCAUCCGAAAAUAAUCUGACUUUUGUUCCUGAACUAAUGCAAUUAGGUAAAUCAUUUAUAUAAAUUAAAAAUAGUAGUGGACCUAAAAGACUGUUCCUUGAGGUACACCUGAGUUUACUGUUUGUUCUCUGCCUAUCAGAAAAUCCUGAAUACAUUGUUGCCUAAAUAUUAAAAUUUUUUAGCAAGCUAUAUAUGGCGGUGAAUUUUGUCAAAAUCUAAUAAGAUAGCAUUUAUUUGCUCAUUAUUAUCUAAACCUUUUGAAAAAUCAAUUAGUCCUAUUAGUUGUGUUUCAUAUGAUCUAUAUUUUCUAAAGCCAUGUUGUUAUGGAGUAUGGACAUAAUGUUUGUUUAAGUGGUUUAUGAGACAUUAUGUUUGUCUAAGUGGUUUAUGAUGUUGCUACAUAUUAUGUGUUCUAGGAUUUUACAUGUCAUUACAGUGAUGCUGGUUAGUGUGUAGUUUCCUGGAUCAGACUUCUCUCCUUUUUUAAAUAGGGGAGUGAUGUUUGCUUCUUUCCAGUCUCUUGGUAUUCUGCCCUGAUUAAGUAAUGACUGAAAAGGUAUUGUUAUAACUCUGCUGCUGUCAUGCUGAUGCUUAUGGUGCGUAUUAUUACACCAUUUAACAAAAGUGAUAGAGGACAUGUUGAUACUAGCAAGAAAAAUUAUUGAGAUCCGGCUGAACUGAUCACCAAGAGAGCUAUCUGGCGCUAAGGGCCAUCCUUCAUGCUACCAGAUAACUGGAUUAAGGACCUUGGCUAAUGUUUCAGUGGUCAGUCUUAAGAUUUGAGUUGGAAAGGACUGGUGGAACUAAAGACAAAACUCCUGUGUAUUGAUGGCUGAAGUCACUGUCUGUGUGUUUUAUAACUGUUAAUAUACACAAUAUCUAUUGUUCACGUUCUUUCAUUGAGUCAUUGCCUUAUAUUUAUUUUGUAUUUUGAACACUGGUGCUAGCUUUUAUUGGUUUAAUGUUUUUUAAUAGCUUUUGGAUCCCUUUUUCUUGUACAUAUAUGAGUUUUUGAGUUUUUGGCACAUCUGCACAAUUUAGGCCAUGUCGUGGUUGUACAUAUAUAUCUCCUAUGUUUUCGAGUUAUUUAAAUUAAGCUUUAUGUCUUUGUCUUCUAGGGAGAAUGAGAAUGUGGAUGCUAAAUAUUUAUUUAGAAUGUUAGCUUUAGUUUCAUUAUUAUUAUGUGUUAAUUUAUUUCUCCUUUAAUUGUGCUACUCCUGUUGUUUAAUACCUACUGCACCUACACCCUGAUCUCCAGAUACAGUUUGGAAAAACUUUUGAAUGCGAAUACUAAAAUGCUUCUGGAAAUACGGCAACAGAAAAAUGGGAACAGCUUAAGUCCACCAUACAAAAGACUUCCCUAGAAAUCUUUGGGAGAAAAAUUACAAAACAAAAUGAUUGGUUUAACUCUAAAUCAGCUAUACUAGCACCUAUCAUCAGAGCAAAGAGAUAUGUACUCUCUACAUACAAGGUGAAACCUAUUAAUCUAUUACCUCUGAAAGAAGCUAGAGCCACUGUGCAUAGGACAGCACAGAUCUGUGCCAAUGAAUACUGGGUAGAGCUCAGUGAGAAUAUUCAGCUCGCAGCUCAAGCGGGCAAUAUAAGUGGAAUCUAUGAAGGAAUCAAAAAGGCUCUCGGACCUUCCCAAAACAAGUCAGCACCUCUCAAAUCAAACACUUUGGAUAUUAUCACAGACAAGAGUGAACAAAUGUACAGAUGGGUUGAAUAUAACUCCAAACUCUAUACCACUACAAGCUCAGUCCCUGCUUCAGCCCCUAACCCUAUCAACCAAUUACCCACAAUGAAUGAGCUAGACGAAGUACCCACCCAAAUAGAACUCAACAAAGCCAUAGACAACAUGACUGCCAGCAAAGCUCCUGGAUGCGAUGGUAUCCCCCCAGAUAUUCUGAAACAGUGCAAAACUACACCAAGCCGACCUCUACACAAACUGCUUUGCAAAUGUUGGCAAGAAGGUGCUGUGCCACAGGACCUGCGGUAUGCUGGAAUGUCAUCUGGUUCAGAAGCUUCCCAAGUAUGCAUAACACAUAAACAAAAAACAUGCAAGCGCAAAUUUCCUGGUCCAGCAGGCGUUUUACCACCUUCUUUUCCAGACUAUGUUUUAAAGGACACUUUGAAUAAAACAGUUGAUGUCCUACACAUGGCAAACAAUAAGAAACUGAAGUCUGAAGAUGAAGUACCGGAUGUCAACUCAUACUUGACAGCUACAGAUGAUAUAUUUACAUCUCAAGUAUGGAGAUCAUUACUAAUUGAUUUAGGGCCAAAUGCUAGCACAGUACUUGAUACAUUCUCAAUCAGAGCUUCACUUUUGAAGGCCUGUAAAAAAUUACUUCAUCGUGGAAAAAUACCUUUGAUGUUUGGUAUUAUAGAAAGCAUAGACAUGCAAGGCUCUGACAUCAGUUUUGUUAUACGAGAUCCUUCAGGUAGAAUGAAAGGCUCAUUGCAUUGCGAUCUCAUUAAAGAACCUGAAACAGCUCUCCAUGCUGGAUCAGUUGUUAUUUUACGACAGGUUAGUGUGAUCAGUCCAUCACUUCGUACACACUACUUGAAUGUAACACCUGCCAAUGUUGUUCAAGUUUACACUACCAAUAAGAAGUACGGAGUCAUUGGAUACUCAUUUGUGGACACUAAAUUAAAUUUUACUAAUUCUGCUGGUAAAAUUCUUUCUCUCAUUGAUUUUAUUAAAAACUCAGAAUAUGAAUUAAAUCUACCAGUUAAACCAGUUGGAGAAAAGGUAACAGCUUUUACUUCAUCAAAUUCAUCACUAAAAUCAGCCUUUACAGAAACAAAAUACACCAAGUCUGAGAUUCACACUCCAAACUCUAAUGCUUACACCCAUUCAAUAAGUUUUGAAAACACAGACUGUAACUUGUUUCCUUUAGAUGAUGAUGAUACUAUUCUUCAGAUGUGUGAUGCUGUGUAUUUAAAUCAGUCCCAUAAUAAAGCAAAGCUGAAUACUGCUCCUCAUACAUGUGCAUCAAAUGCAGGAUAUAAUGACUGUAAACAAGCUUCUUUAAAUACCAUGUCAAAUAGAAUAACAAGAAGGCUUGAUGGAACACAUUUGGAUUUAAAUACACCUCAGCACAUUCCAUUCUUAACUGCUUUUAGAGUUACUUCAACAGAGAAAGAAGUUAAUGAGGGAAUUGAUGUACUCAGAAAAGUAAAUAAACCUGACACAUCAACUCAUGCUGCUGAUACAAAUAUUCUUAAACAGAUAGAAAGAGAAUCUGGAGUCCAGCUGAAACAUUCAGACCAAACAUUCAAAUCUCAAGAAUUAUUUCCUUUAUGGGAAAAUGGCUAUACUCUGACAAGAUUUAUACGCUGGCUUUACCAGGAUUUUUUCUUAGAUAUAACAACUGAUCUUUUACUCUCACAAUUGUCUGAAGAUUUUUAAUGUGCUGACAACUACUUUCAAUACUGUAUUUUUCUGUUAUUAAAAGCUAUAUAUAUCAA